UAAGGAGGAGUCAUGAAAGUUUCUUUGUUAUUGGACACUAUUACAUUUGUUUGGCUGCAACCUGCGUCUUAACCUUUGGUACACACAGCAGGACUGUAUAUCGGCUGCUUUUUGUGUGCAAGCAGGUAACUUUACCACCAAAGACUUUCGGUAAGACAGCUGUUAAUAACUAGUUAGCUUCAGUAACGUUGGUUAGCAGCACGCUGAGCUGCACAGACAGAAGGAAGCAGGUGAAGUUCAUUAAUCUCCGUUCAUUAUCAAAUAAUCUGGAUUUCGACACGUUCACGUGGAGAUGUUGUCAGCCGUUGUCCGGUCAGCCGUCUCGAAAUACAGCGGGUUGUGGCUGCCCAGUCAGGCUCUUGUCAGGGCCAUGUCGUCGUCGCCGUCUUCAGGUGGUCCCGUCCCUCCUUACACCACCCUGGCCAUCACUCACCCAGCGGAGUCCGUCACACACGUAGAGCUUCACCGUCCUGAGAAACGCAACGCCAUGAACAAAGCCUUCUGGAGUGAGAUGGUGGAUUGCUUUAAUGAGAUAGCUGAAGACCCAGACUGCAGAGUGGUGGUGGUUUCUGGAGCAGGGCGGCUCUUUACAGCCGGUAUUGACCUGAUGGACAUGGCCAGCGAGGUACUCCAACCAGAGGGCGACGACACGGCCAGGAUUUCCUGGAACAUCAGAAAAAUGAUUGCUAAAUAUCAAGAGGCGUUCUCCGUCAUAGAGAAGUGUCCAAAGCCUGUUGUGGUGGCCGUCCAUGGAGCCUGUAUUGGGGGAGGUGUUGACCUGGUCACAGCCUGUGACAUCCGCCUGUGUACCCAGGACGCAUGGUUCCAGGUAAAGGAAGUUGAUAUUGGACUUGCAGCGGAUGUUGGAACGCUCCAGAGACUUCCAAUCAUCGGCAGCCGCAGUUUAGUGAAUGAGUUGGCUCUGACCGCCAGGAAGAUGUACGCGGAUGAAGCCAAGAGCAGCGGACUGGUCAGCCGAGUGUUUGCAGAUAAAGAGGCCAUGAUGGCAGGAGCUCUAGAGAUGGCGGGGGAGAUCGCUGGUCGCAGCCCUGUAGCUGUGCAGGGAACCAAAAUAAACCUCAUCUAUUCCAGAGACCACAGUGUAGCAGAGGGGCUGAACUACAUGGCUACCUGGAACAUGAGCAUGCUUCAGACUCAAGAUUUGAUGAAAUCAGCUCAGGCGGCCAUGGAGAAGAAGAGCCCAAAGACGAUAGCUUUCUCAAAACUCUAAAACUCACUGAGGCCAAU